AAUCCUCAUUUUGAAUUUAAUAUACUGAAAUUGAACUUUUUUUGUAAUUUCAGAGCUGAUGGAAGUGAAGGAGGAGAUUGAAGAACUGAGUGAAGUGGAGGAGAAACAUCAUGACAAACCUAUUGAAAACCCUUUGAGCCGCUCAAAGACUAAAAAGACAUUUCUAAAGAAAAGAAGAUACAAGAAAUCUCCAACCUGCACUCAGUGUGGAAAGAGAUUGUCAACCAAACAAUAUCUUGAGAUUCACAUGAGAGUUCAUACUGGAGAGAAGCCGUUCACAUGUGAUCAGUGUGGGAAGAGCUUCACACAAAAAGGACAUCUUAAGGAACACAUGAGAGUUCAUACAGGAGAGAAGCCACACGCAUGUGAUCAAUGUGGGAAGAGAUUCACAACAAAACGAAGUCUUGAGAUUCACAGUGGAGUUCACACCGGAGAGAAGCAGUUCACAUGUGAUCAAUGUGACAAAACAUUUCUCUGGGCAUCAAACCUGAAGAAACAUCUGACAGUUCAUACAAAGGAGAAGCCACAUUCAUGUUCUGUGUGUGGAAAGAGUUUUUCACAGCUGUAUUAUUUAUAUCAACAUGAGAAAAUACACACUGGUGUGAGAGAGUACAUGUGCUUUGAGUGUGAGAAAACUUUUAUUUCAGCAAAACAAUUAAAACUGCACCAGAGAAUUCACACUGGAGAAAAACCUUUCAAGUGUUCACAGUGUGACAAGAGAUUCAAUAUGUCAUCAAAUCUGAAAACACAUGAGAGGAUCCACACUGGAGAAAAACCUUACAAGUGUUCACAGUGUGACAAGAGAUUCAGUGAUUCAUCACAUCUGAAAACACAUGAGAGGAUCCACACUGGAGAAAAACCUUACAAGUGUUCACACUGUGACAAGAGAUUCAAGCAGUCAUCACAUCUGAAAACACAUGAGAAGAUCCACAGCAGAGAGAAGCCGCACAUGUGUGAUCAAUCUGGAAAGAGUUUCUCUUUUUAA